AUGAGUGAUGAAAAGGAAAUGGUAUUAAAAGUAUUGCAUCAAUAUUUAGAUGAAUGUAAAGUUGCUUUUGUGGCCAUUGCAAAUAAAGUGUUCGACCCUGCAAAUGCAAAUCGAAUGAUUUGUGUUUAUCGUUCGUUGCCAUCAAAAAAGGAUCAAGAAAUUUUGGCCUACGGUUGUCUUGUUCUUGUAAAUGAAAAUAAAAAUUCUGAUGAUCUUAAAAAUAUUAUUUUCUGUCUCUGUCUAGGUUAUCGACGCGUACUUGAUUGUGAUGCCAUACCAAAGAUAUUUCAUGAUCGAGAUUUUAUCUACAUGUUACGAGAACUACGUUUUGGACCUCGAUCAACUGCAACAUAUUCGGAUGCAACUGUCGAUGAGAUUACCCCAGAGAGUUCAUUAUGUGCUCUUCAAGAUAAUUUUAAUGGAAUAAAAUACGAUGAAUUUAAACAAUUGACCGAAAUUUUCUUUAAAGCAAUACAAGAAAAAUGUCCCAUUUUUGAAUUACCAACAAAUAAUUCAGAGCGAAAUGUUUAUCGUGAUGUGACAACUAUUCUACGUGAAUCGAUGCCACUCACUUCAAUACAUCGUCGAUUGUAUGGUCGCUAUAAGUUAAUUAUUGAUGAAUCAGAAGAUGAAAGUGUCGUUCGCCUUUUAUUCCAAACAAAAAUUCUGGAUCCGAAUCGAACAACAAUUUUCCGCUUAUCGGAUUUUCCCGAUGAUGUUGAUAAUGAAUUGAGAAACGUUGAAAUUCUAUCGACAAUUAAAUUAUGCAUUGAAAUCGGUAAGACAAUUUUAAUGGUUAAUACUGGAUGCAUUCACGGCUCACUAUACGAUGUGUUCAAUCAAAAUUUCUCAAUAAUGGCGACAAGUGAUACCCGAAAGAUUUUCUCGAAAGUUGCUAUCGGUCCUAAAACACCCGAUGUUGUUGUUCAUGAAGAUUUUCAAUGUAUUGUACAUAUAAAUCGAAGUGAAAUCAACGAGGUAACGGCCCCGUUUCUGAGCCGUUUUCAAAAGUAUUCAUUUAGUAUUCAAGAUUUCUAUCGAAUCCAAUUCAGACAACUUUCAAUGGACGAUCAAACUUGUUUGAAAAACGUCGAAGAAAAGUUGAAAUCAUUCAUUGAACAUUUUAGUUCAAAGAACUUCUGUGGAUUAAAUAAUAAUACUCUCUACUCAUGCUUACUAUCGAUGAUAGAAAAUGACGAGAAUGGACAUUGCGGAGUUGCAAAUGUACAUCACCAGUAUACACAAUUGACCAUUAAAACGAAAUCGUUCAUUGAAGAAAAUCCAAUCAAUAUUCAAAAAUGUCUCUUACGUUCAGUGCUAGCCAAAUUGAUGCAACUCGUCUCACCUGGAUCGAUCAUAUUCAAAUUACCAACAUUUGAAGAUAAAAUUGCUCGAUUACUAUGUAACAAUUAUUUUCGUCAGCAAGAACAUUUCAGUUUGGAAAAUUUUAUUCGACAACUUGUUACAAAAUCAUUAAGUGAAACUCAAAAUGACGACGGUGAAACAAUGAAUAGAACAACGGAUGAGUCAUCAAGAGCUAAGAAUGUUCUCAUAACAACAAAAGUAAUGAUAUAUACACGAACAUCAUCGUACGUUAUGAGUCUUAAUAAGUUAUCAAAAUUUCGAUUGCUCGGUAACAAUAACAAUGCUGAUUAUGAAAUAAUUAGUGGAAUGACCAAUAUUCUAAGUUUGACUGUUAGCGAAAAUGCCGCUGAAUUAGAACAAAAACUCCAUGCCUAUGAACAAGAUCGAGAUAAACACGUUCUAAUUAUUGUAAUAAAUGCUCGAUUGACUCAACAACGUCGAAAUAUUCCAUUUGAUAACAAUAAAAAUUCACCAUCACCGAAUCAAGGCACAUUUCAAAUUGCUACACAAUGUUCGUGUAUUCCACAGACACCAUUAUAUCAGGUGUUCCAUCAACGAAUUAAAUUGCUUGCUGACGAAGUCAAACAAGAUUGA